AUGGCUGGGUUUAGGAUUGUUUUGUGUAUUAGCUUGGUUCUGAUGCUUCAAAUGGUGGCUGUUGUUCCUGAAAUUGGCAGAGGAGACAGAUUGAGAAACCGCCUCCCGGGUUGGGAACCGAUUAUCCGGUCACCGGUGGAUGACCCUGAAUCUGAAGUUGGGGAAGAAAACUCAGGCACUAGGUGGGCUGUUCUUGUUGCCGGUUCCAAUGGUCUUUCAAAUUAUCGGCAUCAGUCGGAUGUAUGCCACGCGUACCAAAUUCUGAAAAAGGGAGGAUUGAAGGAUGAAAACAUUGUGGUUUUCAUGUAUGAUGAUAUCGCCAAUCACAAGUCUAAUCCUAGACCCGGCAAAAUAAUCAACCGUCCAGAUGGUGAAGACGUUUAUGCCGGUGUUCCCAAGGAUUACACCGGUGACCAAGUAAGUGUUAAGAAUCUGUUUGCUGUAAUCCUUGGAGAUAAGAAUGCUGUGAAGGGUGGAAGCGGGAAGGUUGUCAACAGUUCUAGCAAUGACAGGAUCUUUAUUUACUAUACUGAUCAUGGAGGCCCUGGAAUUCUUGGAAUGCCGGGGGGUCCUUACCUUUAUGCUAAAGAUUUUAUUAAUGUAUUGAAGAAGAAACACGCUUCUGGAACCUACAAAGAAAUGGUUGUAUAUGUUGAGGCAUGUGAAAGUGGGAGCAUUUUCGAUGGUCUGAUGCCAGAAAAUCUGAACAUUUAUGUGACCACAGCAUCAAAACCAGACGAGAAUAGCUACGCAACCUACUGUGACUACAAAAAUUUCCCAUGUUUAGGGGAUUUAUAUAGUGUCGCUUGGAUGGAAGACAGUGAAUCUCAUAACCUGAAAAGAGAGAAGAUCGUGCAGCAAUACGAGAAUGUUAGAGUCAGGACCUUGGGGGGUACCUCGGGCUCACAGAUUGCAGGAUCUCAUGUCUUGGAAUUCGGGAACAAGAGCAUACAUGCAGAGAAGCUGUACUUGUACCAAGGGUUUGAUCCCUCCACUGAGAAUUUGCCUCCCAAUAAGAUAGAAUCGCCGGCCAAAAUGGAGGUGGUUGAGCAGAGAAGCGCUGAUCUUUACUUCCUCUGGCAGAAGUACAACAAAAUGGUGGAAAAUUCAGUAGAGAAGGACGAGCUCCUGAAGGAAAUCACAACCACAACUCUUCACAGACAACAUCUGGAUGGCAGCAUGGAGAUCAUUGGACAUGUCUUGUUCGGCCCAAAAGAGAGUUCUUCCAUUCUCAACGGCGUUAGGAAAUCAGGGCAACCACUUGUGGACGACUGGGAAUGUUUGAAGUCAACAGUUCGAGUUUUUGAAACCCAUUGUGGCUCGUUGACACAAUACGGGAUGAAACACAUGCGAUCAUUCGCGAACAUCUGCAACAGGGGAAUCCCUCAGGCUGCCAUGGAGAAAGCUUGCAAGGCUGCUUGCAGUGGGCAUAACUUGGGGAAGUGGGAUCCUACAGUAGUUGGAUUUAGUGCUUGA